UGCCGACACUUGACUUAAUGAGAAGGUGUAUCACUACAUAUACAUAUAGCGUGCCACGCCUUAGACAGAGUUAUAUUUCGAGUAAGCUUUCAUUAAAGACAUUUGGAGCGAUGAAUGGAGCAACUCUAAUAGUGGCUGUGUUGGUUUGCAUGCUUUUCAGAGAUGCGGUCGCUGUUCCUGUGAACGCGGUGAAUUUGGAUGAUCUGAUUGACAACGAAACCGUCAGGAACAAGAUACGGCAACAGCAAGCCAAAGCGGCCAAGCCGAAUUACAAAGCAAAGGCAGUACCGUGGCCAACAGGAAACAACGACGAUAUAUCGAGGAGCCCGAAAUGCACCGCCAUCGCCCAGCCUUGCCAAUCAUCUUUUGAAUGCUGUGACUACCCUGAUGUCGUAUGCGUGCUGUUCGUGUCGGGUUCUGUUUUCUCUACGAACUGCGCACCAGCGUGGUUUGUUAACUAUUUGCCAAACUAUCAAGAAAAGUGAAAGCGGUCACGUUUUCCAAUAAAUAAACUUUAUAAACCUGUUGAACUGAUGGUAAAAAGUUACAAAAUAUCAUCGUUUGUCGGACUGCAACAUCUAAGAUUAUAUUAAUAAAAAACACGAAGAGAAGCUUUGAAUUAUGAAAAGGAAGAUUUGCUAAACCAAUACGCCAUAUAUACAGCUUACAUCGAUUCGCCAUCUUAAUAAAUAAAGUGUGUUU